AUGGGGGGGAAGAGCCUCCGCCUCGGCGUCCUCGGCCUCGGCGUCCUGCUGCUGGCUGCCGGCUCGGGGGAUGCGGAGCCGCCGCCGAGCUGCGAGGGCGUCCGGGAAGUUUUCCAGCUGCGCCAGCUCGGACCCCUCAGAGGCAUCCCGGAGUCCCCGCGGGCAGGGGUUGAUCUCCAGGUUUGUACUUCUAAAAAUCCAACAUGCUGUACCAAAAAGAUGGAAGAAAGAUAUCAGACUGCAGCAAAGCAAGAUAUACAGCAAGUGCUUCAAACAUCAAGUGCUAUGUUAAAAUUUUUAAUAUCUCGUAAUGCAGCUGCUUUUCAAGAAACCUUUGAAAUGCUUAUCAGGCUGGCUGAGAAUUACACAAGCACACUUUUCUGCAAUGUGUAUAGAAACAUGGCUGCUGAGGCUACUACAUGUGUUCAGGAGUUUUUCACAGAUGUUGGACUCUUCAUAUUUGGCACAGAUGUUAGCACAGAGGAAUUUGUCAACAGAUUUUUUGACACCCUGUUCCCAGUAGUCUACAAUCACGUGAUUAACCCUGGUCUGACUGACAUUUCACUGGAGUAUGCGGAGUGCCUCCGGAUGGCAAGAAGAGACAUCAGGCCCUUCGGUAACGUUCCCAAAAAGGCCAUAGGACAAAUGGGAAGAUCACUGUUACCCAGCCGCACUUUCUUGCAGGCUCUGAAUUUGGGGAUUGAAGUGAUCAAUACAACAGAUCAUCUGCAUUUCUCUAAAGACUGCAGCAGAGCUUUACUGAGAAUGCAGUACUGCCCACAUUGCCAAGGGCUGACUUUAAGUAAGCCCUGUAUGGGCUACUGCCUCAACGUCAUCCGAGGCUGCUUAGCUAACAUGGCAGAAGUUGAUCUUCAUUGGCGGGGAUAUAUUCGGUCCCUGGAGGAGCUCUCAAGUGCCAUGAGUGGAACAUACGACAUCGAGCACGUGCUUCUAAACUUCCAUUCGCUUGUUAAUGAUGCUCUCGUACAGGCUCGUAUCAAUGGGCCAGAAUUAUCUGAGCAGGUGAACAAGGUAUGUGGUCCUCCUGUAAGGAAGCCUACGCAGUCCCCAGGUUGCUCCUUUGAUCAGAACAAAGAUAAUCAAGGGUUGAAGAUGUUCUCAAGAGACAGUGAAGAAACCCUCGCCAACAGAAGAAAUGCAGAAGGAAACUGAAGUGAGAGAAGCGGGGAAGAAAAAGUGCCUCUGAGCUUCAAAGGCAGACCAUUCUUGUUAGUAGAAUUUAUCAGCCACCUCCGGCUUUACAGAGCCUUUUACGGUGGCCUGGCUGAUCAGCUGUGCGGUAAUGAGUUGGCAGCUGCCGAUGGACUCCCGUGUUGGAAUGGAGAAGAUGUUGUAAGAAGCUAUACUCAUCGUGUGGUUGGCAGUGGAAUCAAAGCUCAGUCUGCAAAUCCAGAAGUAAAAGUGAAGGGAACAGAUCCUGUAAUAAGUCAAAUUAUUGACAAGCUGAAACAUGUUAUUCAGCUGUUGCAGGGCAAAUCAUUUCCUAAAUACGAUAAAUGGGAUCUCCGACAAACAGGCAGUGGUGGAGGUGUAGAUGAACAAAUCAGUGGAGACUGUGAUGAUGAAGAUGGUUGCAGAGGAUCAGGAAGUGGAGAAAUCAAAAGAGUCCUGAAAAUUACAGACUCAGGGAUGCCAGACAAGACGAAUCUCAGUGACGUAAAGCAAAUCCAUCAAACCAUCGAUGGCAGCACUUUAGACACAACUGGAGCAGGACGUACAACAAUGGCUGAUUAUAUGGCAUUUAUGCUGAUUAGUUUGGUAACACUAUUUCUCAGUCUUUGGUAA